UGCUGCCCUCCGGGAGCACUAGGGCCCUUAAGGUUGACCACUGCGCUUGCACUCCUGCCUGCGGAAACUAUAGCACUUCCGAAAGGCUGUUUCCUCCCUUCCCCUCCCUCCCGGAGAGCCCCAGUCCUGACUCUCUCGAGGUUCUAGCUUUUCCGAGCUCUCUCCUUGGACUGGAGCCUGGCGGGUUAAGGGACCAGCGCCGGGAGAACUGGAGACACCAAUCCUCUCCCACGGGAGGCGCGUGCGCAAAUAGACUCGCGACCCCUAGGUGACCUUUGACCCCACGGCGGCCUCUUUUCUCCCUCCGGCAGUGUCAAGAUGGCGCUGUCCAGGGUCUACUGGAGACGCGUCUCCCUGGGCGGUGCGGGCGCUCCCCCAGGACACCUCCUCUCUCUGCGGCUACAGCCUGGGCGUCGGAGCCCGGCCUGGGGGCCUCCUAGAUCUUCCCGGCUUCACCUCUCCCCAAAGGGAGACGUGAAGAGCCUCGUCUCCUCCUUUGUGGCCAAGACCAAGGUGGUUAAUGAGAAAUACAAUCGCUUCCUGGAGCGUCGCUUCCCCCGCUUCUACGCGGUGUACUCGCUCUUCUUUAAAGGAUUUCAGAUGCUUUUGGCUGAUGCAAAAAAAGCCAGAAGAAUAAAGACAUUUAUGAACCAGAAAAAACUAAUGUAUCACCAACUCUCAUACCGGGACAUGGAACAUUUGAGACAGUUUCGACGAGAUGUCGCCAAGUGUUUUUUCCUGGGCAUCAUUUCCAUCCCACCCUUUGCCAACUACCUGGUCUUCCUGUUGAUGUACUUAUAUCCCCGGCAACUGCUGAUCCAUCAUUUCUGGACCUCAAAGCAGCAGCUGGAAUUCUUGGACAUCUACCAUGCACGACGAAAGCAGUCCCAUCCAGAGAUCCUCGACUGCUUGGAAAGAGCCAUACCUUUGCUCUCCAAUGCAGCUCUCCAACGGCAUUUUACAUCAUUGUGCACCAAGGUUCAGAAAGGUGCUCACCCAAGUGUUGGUGAUCUGCUGCCUUUGAAGAAGUGUUUUUCUGUCUAUCCCCUGGACAUGUCUCAUCUUUCUACUCCACACGUGAAAGCCUUGAGUCGGGCCAUGCUUCUCACACCUCACCUACCCUCUGUUUUGCUGAGAUACCGUCUGAAUAAACACACCACUGUGCUUCACCAGCUAGACAAAGCUUUGAAAAGACUGGGGAUUGGCCAGCUGACUGCUCAGGAAGUAAAAUCGGCUUGCUAUCUCCGAGGCCUGGAUUCCACCCACCUUCCUGAGGACUGGUGCCGAAUAUGGCUAGCAGAAUGGCUGCAGUUUUCCUCUAGUCUGACGGAUGCUGAUGUGUCCUUCUUGCUGCACGCCGUGGUCUUAUUUUCCACCAACUUCCCUGGGACAAGGCACUGAAGGAGCUGCUAGAAAGAACAAGACUAUCCCAUAUCUUUUUUGGAGAUGCCGCCUGGAACCACACAGCACACAUCAGCCACGGACCCACAGAGAGAGGAAAAAAUGCUGCAGGCCUUGCAGUGUGGUACCUGAAGUAGGAGGAAGAGCUAUUAUUUCCCUUCCAGCUAGAAGUGAAAGUCCAUUCGAGUGAUGGAAGUGCUGUGGGGCUCAUCCCAUGAUCAGUAUCUUCUGAUGACAGCCCUGGGCAUUGGACCCCCAUUUGUGAUUGUAAUCAAGUUCAGAGCCUAGGAGACACAGCCUAUUUCUUGUUCCUUAAGUACCUAUCUGCUGCUAUAUUCUUUCUGGCUGGUUUUCCGAUGAACUAAAUUCUUAAACCGUAUAGGGAACAAAACUACUUAAACUUAAGCACUUACUUAUGCCCCAGAAUAUUCUUCUGUCCCUUUCUAAAGUAGCCAGAGAAGAACACUGUUUCUCCCUAUUCCUUUCUAAGUUUAUCCCUCACAAUAACUCUAACUGAGAUUCUGUAAUGAAAAGGAAAAAGGGAAGUAUUUCCUUUGAAGUGAAUGUCUCCCCCGUCCUGCCCUUCUCCCUCACACGUUUACAGAUUCACCUACCUUGUCUUAAUUUCUGGGCUUGUAGCCCCUGUGGAUCUUAAGAUUCCUGGCUCUCCCACUGUGUUGCUGAUAGCCACCUAUCACUGUCACAGUGGCCGUGUGUUUGGGCCAUGGAUAACACCAGGAAAAUACCAGUUAGUGCCUGGCUCAGUGCAUCCAUCCAUGGGAAGGUCUGCACCCAAGGUCUGUGAAUUGGGUUUGGUUUGUAUGUGUACAUGUGAGUGACUUGUAAAUUAUUGUAAAUGCAUGAACCAACAUGUUCAAGCACAAGUAAAGAUUUAAUUAAACUAAUGGCUACAAAUUA